AUGACGCCGCUCCUCUUCUGUCUGCUCCUAGCGCUGCAGCGCGUUGCAGCCGAUGACGAUUCGGAUUCCGAUUCCAACGCAAGGUGCAACACCAAUGCGAACAUUACAUCCCAAGCCGAUGCAGACUCUAUCGGCUCCUGUCAAACCGUCCGCGGUAGUGUGACCAUCAAGAACUCUACGAGUGGGACUAUCAACCUCCACGGAGUUCAGGAAAUCCAGGGCCCUCUCACAGCUGACGGAACUUCGAACCUCAAUUCCUUGAUAGCGUCGGACCUGAAGACCAUCACUGGAACAUUGACCGUGGCGAGCAAUGAUGCGCUCAAUCAGAUCUCAAUGUCCAAUUUACAGACCGUUGGAGGAGACAUCAAGGUGGAGAACAAUCGAAAUCUGAAAGAUUUGUCUUUCAAUGGCCUGGAUGAGAUCAGAGGGGGGCUGACAGUUUUCGGCGAUCUCAAUCGAAUCUCGUUCUCGAACCUUGAUGCCGUUCGGGGACCGACAACAAUCCAUAGCUCAGGCACCUUCAACUGCUCAAGUUUGGAUAGUCAACGGUCUGGAGAAGACAAUGUAUUCCAAAGCUCGUACUCCUGCACGACCGGCGAAAGAAACAAGUCAUCCAGCAGCGAUGGACUCAGCACCGGUGCGAAAGCCGGAAUCGCCGUGGCAGUGGUGAUCGUCGUCCUGCUUAUUUUCUUCUUCCUUUGGCUGUUCAUCCGCCGUCGCAAGCGCCAGCAGAAUCGACGGACAGAAAAAGUAGUACCAGCAGUUGCCACAACGCCAACACCAGCUCCCAGCGGCCUUGCUACCAAGACAGAAAAGCCGACUCCAGAACCCACGCCUCCCCCAGAGGACGUGGAGAGGAGUAUCCCCCGAAAACCACUAUCGCCCCUACCGGUCGCACACGCGAGAUCCUCAGUCCUAGCAUCUUUGCUCCCCGGGUCCGAGAGAAUGUCUGUUCCUGCGACAUUACUUCCUGGGUCCGGUCCAUCAUCCUCGGCCUCUGUGUCCCACCGGAGAGUCACUUCCGAUCCCACGCUAUUUUUACAUCAUAUAGUACCCCCAGCGCCACGGCCUCCCCCGUCCGAGAUGGAUGUGCCGAUGCUAAACAGCGGGAAUGUAUACGAGGUGGGGACCGGUAAAACAAGGCCCCAAACGCCUGUAUAUGAGCUGGAUGGAGGAGGAAUGAGCAAUCACCAGCAGCCGAUCAACCACGAAUAA